AAAUACAGUAUAUAAAUGUGUAUUUUAGGUGUUUUUGAAGACGACAAUGUUUCCCACGUGGAAGGAGACGUUAAUCCGGUGAGAGACAUUAAUAUUAUUAACGAGGAACUUCGCUUAAAAGACGAAGAAUAUUUAGUGGCUCUAAUAGAAAAAAUGGAAAGAACGGUAUUAAGAGGUGGAGACAAAAAAAGUAAACCUGAAUAUGAUAUACUAUGUAAAAUAAGGAAUCAUGUCGUAGAAGAAAAGAAACACGUACGUUUCGGAGAUUGGAACGCAAAUGAGAUUGAGGUGUUAAACAAGCAUUUGCUUCUCACUUCAAAACCUAUGAUCUAUCUCAUAAAUAUGACCGAAAAAGAUUAUCUCAAGAAAAAAAAUAAGUGGUGAGUGAUAUUUGAUAUCUUUAAAUUAAUUCACGGACACUGGUAUAAAUUAAUUUGGUAAUAUAUAGCCCGACGUGCUCGAUACAAACGAGAUCUCUUACCCGUUAGA